CUGGCAUGUUGAAAUUGUCAAAUGAGUGGACGUCAAAAUACUUUCCUAGAGGUUAUGUUUUGUCAUUACAAUGUUUAAUAUGACAAAAUGAUUAAAAUUUGUUUGCUAUUCUAAAUUAUUUUCUGCAUUGACUACUGAUAAUAACCAUAAAAAUCUAAGCAAAGAUGCCUGCUAUACCUGACAGAUGGAUCCCAUAUAAAGCCUGUGGAAAGGUUAUAGAAGGGACCAGAUUAAUAUGCUUCAAGGUACCACUAAGAAAAAAGGUCCAAACGUGGAACAAGGAGAUUAAAGAAAUAUGGGACAUUCCAGCUCUUCUCGAGAAAAUUCCUAAGUUGGGAGCAGUCAUAGAUCUGACUAACACAGCUCGAUAUUACGAUCCCUCGGAAUUACAAGCGGCGGGUAUACUACACAAGAAAAUUUUAAUGCCAGGCCGCAUAAUACCUCCCGAGGGCAAAGUGACAGAAUUUAUGGAUACCGUUGACGAAUUCCUGGGAAAAGAUUGUGAAUUCCUGAUCGGUGUCCACUGCACGCACGGGUUGAAUCGCACCGGUUACAUGGUGUGCCGAUACAUGCGCGACCGCCUCGGGAUCCCUGCCAAGGACGCUAUUAAGAGGUUCGAAAAAGCUCGUGGCUAUCAAAUAGAGCGGGAGAACUAUGUUGCUGACUUACUAGGUCAGACGCCACCACCGCCUGAUGUGGGAAAAGACACAAAAAUAAAACCGUUGAACGUCACACAGACGAAAUACAAACGUUCUCCAUUAGAGGAGGACGAGGACACAAAUGAAGACCAAAUAAAACAGGAUAGAUACAAUAGAUAUAGUAGAACUAAAGACAGCUACAACAGUAGACGAAGACAAAGCGAUUUCUCCUCCCGUAGGGAUAGAUCGGUCGGUGAUACCAACUGGCGGAGAAGACCAGAGUCAGAAAGCAGCUCCCGUGACUACAGACGAGAUUAGUAAAAUAGUUUUUUUUUUAAUAUUUUGAGGUCUGUAUAUAUUUUUUAUAUUUAUUCCUUUUUAU